CCAAAUGAAAUAAAUAAUAUUUUGCAGGAGCAGCAUAAAAACAUAUAAUGGAAAUACUAAAAUUAGUGGAUAACUGUAGUUUACUGCUGUUGUGUUUACUGGUGAUAACUGUUAACAACAUAGCUGCGUCGAAUCAGACAAUAAAGAAAGAUCUUCCCCUAGAUAGCGAAGUUGUGAAAGAAGAUGUAAAAGACCAUGAAACUGAGUUACAUAUUGUCGCCACUGAUAAAAGCCCUAAACAAGCAAUUGAAGUUGGUAAGCAAGAAGCAGCAACAGCAAAAAAUGCAAGUGCAGCAACUGCUGACAAAGGCAGUACGGCUGUGGGAGAGCAACAGAAACUGCCAUCUCGUGCGCCAAAUGAAAAAACGUUAAUACGCAAAGAGCAUUUGCUAAAUAUAGCUGAAGAAACAAAAUACCAUUUAAAGCCGGCAAAUCUCAACUUUGAUGAUAAUGAUAUACCAGAUUCAUAUAUAAAAGGAUUCUACAUAUUUCUUACGCUUAGUGGUGUUGCAAUGUUCUUUAUUGUAGUAAGAGUAUAUAGGCUGCGUUUAUCACGUGCAGAACGUAAAUAUGGAGUACAAGGGGAUCGCAGUACACAAGAGUUGGUACCUCUGCCAGUUUCUAUUGAAGAUGGUAAUAGUGAUGAUGAAGAUCAAACUUUGUUUGAACUUAGUCGCCAACAAAUUCGAAUAUUAUGAGAUUUGAGUACACUAAAAUGUUACUUAUCUUACGUUAAACGAUAUUCUUAUCAACAUAACGUUUUUGAAUUGCCUGAUAUGUUACUAUACAAUAUUUAUUCGAUGGUUCUGAAAUCUUUGCUAAGGUAGACACGAAUAUCAUGUAAGACUAUUUUUCGUUUGAUAUAUUCUACUCGAAACCAAUUUGUGAUACUAAUAAAAUAUUUAUGAAUAUAA